ACACUGCUGCACUCAGCUUGAAAAACGAUUAAUCAACAUGCAGUAUGCCUCGAUCCUCGGCUGGCAUGAUGGCUGUCUUCAACAAGCCUAUCGGCCUUGAAGCUGACUUCCCUCCUUCGAAUAAAAGCGUCAGUCAAAUCACUGUGAUACUUGGAACCACUGCGCAGAAGCCACUCGCCUUGCUGUGAACUCACCCAUCAUUCUGCUACAAUAAGCUAAAUCACAUAAAAAUGACCGACCUGAGAUCCGCCGUCUACGUCGCACCGCCGAUUCCCACCAUAGUUCCUGGCUCGAACGCGACCGCAACAUGGUCCCCAAUCUCAUGCACCCUCAUCUACUCAGCAAACGAAGCUGUCUUGGUAGACACGCCGAUCACUAUCAAGCAGACUGAGGAGCUCAUUUCCUGGAUUGAGAACAUUGCACCAAAGCGGAAGCUCUCGUACAUCUACAUCACCCACGGCCACGGAGAUCACUGGUUCGGCAUACCUCUCCUGCUGAAGCGCUUCCCGGAAGCCUUCCCCGUUGCCACGGUGGGAACCAUCAAACACAUGGAGCAGCAGAUUGAAGAUGGAAUUUUCAGUCAAAUGUGGGACGCCCGCUUCCCAGGCCAGAUCUACCGCCCAUUCACUCUCGCGCAGCCUCUGUCUCCAAAGGGCGGUGGAAGCUUCAAGCUCGGAAAUCGGUGGGAGUUCAAAGCCAUUGAGUGUGGUCACACCGACACCUAUGACUCAACUGUCCUCUGGGUCCCAGACCUUAGACUCGCCGUCUGCGGUGAUGUAGUCUAUGGGCAGUGCCACCAGAUGUUGAUGGAAGCGAACACUAAAGCCAAGCGCGAGGAAUGGAUCAGGGCGGUUGAAAUCGUUGAGGCGCUCGACCCUGCUUACGUGGUGGCUGGUCACAAGAUGGCGGGUGAAACUGAUGGAAUUUGGCACCUCGCUGCGACAAAGAAGUACAUACAGGACUUUGGAAAGAUCCUGGAAAAGAACCCCAAGACUGAAAAGGAGCUGUUUUUGGAGAUAUUGAACUUGUAUCCCGAGAGGUUCAACCCAGGAGCCGCGCGUUUAAGUGCCAUGGGUGCCUUCCAGAUUCCAAGGGAGUCACGUAUUUAG